GCAAAUAUGGUACGCACAAAGCAAACAGCACGUAAAUCGACCACUGGCUACGCAGAGAAUUGUUUAAGGGCGAAGCAACGUGCGCACUCAUCUUCGGUCCCGCCGCCUGAACCUAUUCCCUUUUCUGUCUAUGCUGACUUGAGGCUGGAGCUCGACACUAUCCAAGGGAAGUAUGACAGGCUCAUGGAGCGCAUUGAGGAGGUUUAUUCGAGUGAUCAUAUCAUGGGUGACGGACCUAAGGAGAAGACCAUCUCUAGGCUUGAGUCAUUGAUCCAGGUGGCCACAUCCAGGUUGGAGAAGAUGCCAGUACACCGUGACCGGUCCAGCCAGCUCACUGUGCAGAUGAUAGCGGAUGAACUUAGGAGCAUGGUCAAGAUGCUGCGUGAGGACACGACCCCUAACAUCCCUAGGACCCGUGAGGAGGAGACCGAGGAGGAGGACGAGGACUAGAGGACGUGACCUUUAGUUGCUUAGGCUGUUU